CUUUCCUUUCUCCGUGUUAAAAUGGGUGUUUUCAGCGGUUUAGCUGGAACUUGCAUUACUCGUGUGAUUAGGCUGCUUAAGCGGACUAUGUGUAUGCAUCAGAACCGCUUAAAUUUCGAUUGAUUCGAACGGAUAUUUCUCGGCUGACAAUGGACAUUCAACAGCUGCCGGAAACCCUUCUGCUUGAGAUAUUUAUUCACCUGAAGUUCAAGGAACUUUGUUCAUGCGCAGGUGUUUGCCGACAGUGGCGACGGAUUGCACAUGACAAAGUGCUUCGAAGAAGGAUUGAUGUGUCGGGGAAACCUCUAUCAUCACUGCGUGCAUGGCAUCUGAUCCGAGCUCAUGCUGAUGCUAACCUCGUGGAGCUACGUAUGUCAGGCAGUGCUCAGAAGUUCUUCUCUGGCAGGAGGGCGCAGCAUGUAUACACACCAAAGUUUUUCAAGUAUUUGGCACAAUGUUGCCCGUCACUGAAGGUGCUACAUUUUACUGGUGCCUUCCUUGCACGCAACAUGGUAACGACCAAGAUGUCAAUCUCGGAUUUCCCACAGUCCCUCACAUACCUGUCAUUGCGGGGUUGCUUCUUUCAUCCGGCAGAGUUCCUUCGUGCUCAGCUUGGCCAGCCCAGCUUGAAGUUUCUACAGUUGCUGGACCUUGCCGAAUGUAAUCUUGUGUCAAGUGUGGAACUGGGCCGACUUGAACAAUGGCCUUCACUUCGUGCGCUGAGCCUGGAAGGUUGCCACCGAGUCAAUGACGGGGGCCUGAGCAACAUUUUGCCUCUUCUAAGCAAUCUGGUCGCUCUGGACAUAGAAGGGACGGACAUCGGUGAUCGAGGGGUGCAAAUCAUCCUGCUUCACGGGCUGAACCUCAAGCUUCUGUUUCUUGGCCACACUUCGUGUACUGGUGAAGCGUUUGUGUCUGUUUCAGGGUGUCGCAAGCUUAGGCUGUCCCACGUAUGCCUCAGGAGGACGCUUGUCAAGGAGGAACACUUGUGUAGACUACUUGAAAUGGUUCCUGACCUGAUGUGGCUGGCUGUGACAAGUCGUCACAUGUCUGUUGACGUGAUAGCCAGGGUCAAAAAGGCCGUACCUGCUUCGUGCAGCUAUGUGGAAAUUUCGCAGCGCUAUGCCAGUGAGGGCGAAUUAUGCAGCCACUUCUUGUUAGACAAGAUUCAAUAGCUGAAAUGGGACUAGAGGCAUUUAGACAUCUAUCCCGAUUGGCGGUCUAGGUUUAGGAGAGAAUGUAAAAGGCUGCCGGAAAUUCAUGCUUUCAUAAAGUGCAUUUGCAGACUGCUAAAUUGUUAACUGUCCAUUUGAGUUAUGAUAUUACAAAACACUUAAGAGCUUCUAAAGGCUUUUCGGGCAGAAAUAUAGCCAGUGCUUUUUAUAAGCCUGCUGUUGUGAAAUGAACACUUGGGUUCUACGUGCAUUCACUUACAUACUUAACACAUACGCCUGUUGCAAAUGCACUGAAGCAGACAUUCGGAGACAUGCUGUGAAGUGGUGGUAAUUUGCUUGUUGCUUCAACUAUUUCUAUGAAAGCAUAGCCGCAGGCUUUUGUCUAUCUAACCACGAAUGUACCGUGAAACAUGGGUGAUACGAACCUCGUGGAUUGAUGAAAAAUAUUCAUAUCACUGGAAAACAUGGGAAAGCGAUUUGAAACACCCACACAUUCACGCAUGCUUCCGCUCGAAAAACACACCGCACCAAACGAAAGAAGUAGUAAAUUUUAAGUGCUCGCUUUCUUUGUUAGACGUUAUGAGAACUGACAACAAUGCCAAGAGAAGUAUAGGGAAUAUUAAUAGAAGUAAUUUCAAUGUAAAUGUGAAAAAACAAAAGGAGACAAAAACAUCACUUGCCACCUGUAGGAUCCUAACAUGUGACCUUCAAAUAACGCGUAUGAUGCUCCCAUACCUUCGUCCACUUUAAAGGGUAUACAUGUGCAUUUAAACGGUGGAGCGUUAGUCAGCGCCGUCUGUUGCCAUUGUGGCAAGUGUAGAACACCCUUUUUAUUUGUUGGUGUCACUUAGAAUGUUAUUUUAUAUUAAUGAUAAUAUUGUUUAUUCUUAAAAUGUUACAUCUCAAUAUGUUACAUGACAAGGGAUGACACAGCCAAAGGCAGAUUAACUGCCUGACAAUGGCCCUACCACCCAAGCACUGUUCAACAGGAUUUCAAACAUACAUAAAUUAUACAAUUGAACAGAAAGUGGAAGCACUAAGAUAAAAGAAAAAACAUGACACACUGCUAUCAGAGACUGUUCAUAAUACAUACAUAAUGUAAUUUAAACAAAUGUACUAUUUUUAAUACACAUGUCGUAUGCCACAUAUAGCUUGAGGCCCUGCUCAUACUAUGAGGGCACAUAGGACAAGAAAUAAGAUUUAACGACAAGAUUAAACUCAGAUUUUGACAUGGCUUCAUCCAGAUAAUUUAGAACUUAGGAAUGUUGAUUUAGAAAAAAAGAUAUCAGGUAUUUGUGUUGAUUAGUUCCUUAUUUAUUUCUACAAAGCGGAAGUUCGAAGUGGCCAUAUCUUAAACAAUACUGCUCAUGUGUGGUUAAAUACAUUUGUGAAAAUGUUGGUUUAUGUUUUCGCAUUUCUCUGGGUAUGUGUGUAGCAAAUCUUAUGUUAUAUAGCUGAUCAAUUUUUCAGAACUCAUUUUUUGAGAAGAAUAGUGCUGUGUGAUCAGACCAUCUAAGGUUUUCUAUGCGUCGGACAGCUUGCUUUCGAUAUACUGUCAGCCUACCUAAGUUGUUUUUGCUUGUUCAGAUCAGUAAGCUGUAAUGUAGCUGAGAAUGUAUCGAGUAAUACAGCUGACGUCAUAGCCAAGUCGGAACGAUGCCGGAUUUUAGAAAACAUUUCAUUAGAUUUAGAAAUUCUAGUAUGUAAUUUGUUUACAUGAUGAGUCUAGUUGAAAUAUUGCUUGAAUAAUACUCCCAGAAAUUUAAAUACUGAUACCCAGUCAAUAACACAAGCAUCAAAAGAAAGAGAAAUGUCCGCAUCAUCAGGUUUGUUCCUAGGUUUGGAAACAAUGUAUUUAGGUUUAGGCCCAUUUAGGUGAAGUUGGUUGAAUGGUAACAUAUCAAGUGAGCUAAAUUUUCACCAGAAAAAAAUAAACUAGUAUUGUCAGUGUAGAUAACCAUUUCAGGUGCAUGCACUAUAUUCAAAAUAUCGUUAAUAUAAAUGAUAAAAAAUAGGGGACCCAAAAUAGACCGCUGGGGUAUGCUACACUUUAUUUCCUCCAACUCUGAGCAUACGCUGUUAUGGCUUACAAAUUGCAUUCUGAUUGAAAAUUACUGUUAAUAAGAUUUAAGGCAAUGCCACUUAUUCCAUAUGAAGGUAGUUUUUGAAAUAAAAUCUGAUGCUUUAUUGAA